GUUGGCAGUUCCAUUCUUUAUUUGAGUUGAAACAAAAAACAUUCACAAAAUACUCAACAAAGGUAACCUCUUUGAUAACCGACAAAAACGAUUUUACAGCAAGAGGCCAUUUAAAAACUCCGAUUUGAGCUCGAACACACGUGUUCCACGCGUAAUUUAUCAUUUCGCAACCAAUCAAAGAACGCUUUGUUUGUCUAAAAUGAAAAGAGACAAUCUAAUAGAAACAAAGAGUUUGUGUCUCUGAGGCUGACACUCACCUCCUAUCACGUUCAAGUUUUCCUCUGUUGUAGCAACCCAACCUUAAUUAUUAAUUGUUUCAAAGAAGAACGAAAAUCGGUAUAGCAGAAAUUCUGAAUUCGUCGUCAAGGAGGCCUUCCUUUCGUUUGUUGACAAUCGAGAAAAAAAUAGCGACAAAAAAUCCCUCGGGGUUAUCUGCCAUGUGCACGAUUCGGUUGACAUCAAUUUUUUUCGUCGAUUGGGAGACCACAAGCAAAGAUUUCGUGAAAGGGAUAAAGUUCACUUCGACGCAACGAGAUAUAAAAGUCCACUUGUUUUACAACAAGAAAACACCGAAAAAUGAGCUUCCUGGAGAUUCGGAGUGGAUUGUAAAACAUCCUACGCUUACAUCUUCCGCCGAGGCGUCUUGGACGGCGCUUUUAACGUACGUGCUGCAUUUUUACACGCACACGGCGUGCAACUGUACAAACAACCACUGUAGACUUUGGCCUAAGCGCCAUGUUCAUACAAAGUACAGGGCUCAUAUUGUAUGCGGAGACGAAGCCAGGUACGAAGAAUUGCAAGCCAUUUUGAAAUUCAAUAAAAUUCCUGUAAAAAUAAUCGACGUUGGCGAGCGUACCCUUCUCGACUUGUUUCAAUAUUCUUGCAACCACUGCAAAAUUAUUUUCAAAACUAAGAAAGAAGCUGAUGCCCAUGACCAGAUCAAGCACAAUUUUCUGUGCACGAAUUUGAGAUGCGAAAAAAGCAAGCGAACGAACGGCUUCUUUGCAAGGAAGGAAUUGGAAGAUCAUCUUGCGCGCCAGCGGAGCUGCGAAUUCUGCCCAGAUAAGAUAUUCUGCUCGACUAAAAAACUUGAAGAACACAUGGGAAAAACUCAUAGAAAAUGCGACUGCAGCUGCGAGGAGUACUACGAAACGAGAGAUGAAUAUCUUGAGCAUUUUUACAGUAAUUUGCCUCUGCCGUGUCUCGAAGAGCCGAGUUGUUCCGAGCGCUUUCCGAACAUUGAGUUUCAAGCUUUCCACCACAAGUCAGUCCACGGGGCAACCUAUCCGUACUAUUGUAUGGCCUGCUAUAAAAAGAAGUACUUGGUCUGUCUCAAAACCGCUGAAGAAUUAUUGAAUCACGUGGAGGAAGAAAAACAUAGCGAUGAAGAAUUUUCUUUUGCGCAAAUUCCUCUCUAUAUUGCAUUGGGAGAAAACUGAUGUCUGGAAAUUCAAGGCAAUGGACAAUAAAAAAGAGAACGGAAUUUCCUUCGGAACGUUCUUUGUAAGAGACUAUUUCUAAUGUUUGACUCUGUAAAAAACGCAGAAGAAUUUUGCUUCAACUAUGACUUUAGACAGGGCUACGUUCAACAUAAAGUAAGCAAGGAGAAACGUAUUUUUCCAACUGAGAGAAAUAAUAGAAACGAAACACUCUACCCAGAGUUCUUCAAUUCUAAGAGAAUUCGAAUUUUUAUGUGAGAUCAAGGUCAAGUUUAAGAGUUUCAUUUCUUAUGAACCUAGAGUGACCUAUUCGAUUUACUAAAUUGACUCUCAAAAGUGCGCGUACUACUCCGACUCAACAAAUGUUUAACGUGAAAUUUUUGGGAAAUUUUAUUUUUGCAAUAAAAACUAAACAGAGGUCAAUUAUUUAUAACUGAUUCCGGCUAAAAGUUUUCCCCGGAGUUCUUUCAAAAUCUGAUAACAUUUAUAAUGCAUUU